AACGCAUAUAUACACUCUAACGGAACCCCAUUGGCUCGAGUGAAAGGUAUCUACCCUCCCUUUUAAAAGGAGGAUAGUUAACACGGAGUUAUUGUUACAAAUCCCGGGGUAAUGGAAGAAGGUAUGAUUUUCCGAGGCUUUUCCGUUUGCAUGUGUAUUGCCUUGUUACAUGCAGGUAGUGCACAUGAAGUAGGACAUGAGGAUGAAUCAGAGCGAACUUCCACUUUUAGACAAUGUAUUGAAAAAUGUGUCUCAAAAAAUUACGCGGGACCAACCCCGUCCACGCGAUGUGCCUUUAGUCGUUCGGCUAACUAUAAACAGAGCUGGAACGGACCACCAGUUAAAGUGAGUGCCCCUUCUCCACAACCAGUUUAUGGCCAACGGGCACUGUUUGACGAAAGGCUUCCAGCUGGUGACGUCAGAAAAAGGUCGACGCAUUUAUAUCGUGUACUACGUGGAAUUUUACGUGAUAAAAGGACAUCGUCUUCGUCAGUAUCAGACUAUGUUAGAGUGUGUUAUAACUGUAUUGCCGAGACGUGUAGAUUUGCUUUCUUUUUUGGUUGAUUUAAUGACUCCGUUCCUGACCAAUCAAAAGACCUCUCAGUGUUCACAGACUUUAAUUUAUUGCAUGUAUUUUUAACUUUUAAGUACUUGUUUUGUUUUUGAAAAUAUAAAUUUUGAAUUUACAUAUUUAUACAUUAGUUAAUAGUUUCUAUUUCAUGUUACAUAUUUUGCAUGGUACUCUUGCUAAGUUAUAAAGUGUUUGAUUUUUCAACCCUUCCCUCCCAUGAUUGAUGAGUUCCAGAUAACUUAUUUUCCAGUUUUAUAUAAACUUGAUUCUUUUGAAAAUAUUUCCCAAAGUCCUUAGGGAGGGAAGGGGAUCUUUUAUGUUGUAUAUGUCCCUAAAUAAACAAAUUUUGAUGUAA